UUUGAUUUGUAAUACUUUUGUUUGUGGGAAUGUGGGAAAGCGGUGCAAGCACAAUGUACUGGUUUGAAUCAUGCUUAUUAACUGCUGAUUUGCACUAUCAUAUCUGGGUUUUCUAGCUGUUUUGCACCUUUAUGGCCAUCAUUAAUCAUUCAUGCUCUAUCAUAAAACAUUAUCCCGACCUACUUUGGCCAAGUAGUAGUUUGUAUGACAGCUGGAUGGGUUAAAAAUGAGCAUGGUCUCAAAUGAAGGAUUAGUUUAUGAGACAAAAGUUUUCUCGUUUCAAAAUAUCAUGAAGCAUAUAGUAGGUAUAAAAGUCUACACACCCCUGUUAAAAUGGCAAGUUUUUGUGAUUAAAAUUGUUUUAAACCAAGAUAAAUGUCAGAAUAUUUCCAACCCUCAAUGUGAAGUUACAACGUAUAAUAAAAAAUUAAGGGGGAAAAACAAUCAAACAUUGUAGGCAAAAUAAGUGUUCCUUUGACCUUGUUGCAUAAGAGUGCACAACCUUUUAUAAUUUGGGACAUGGGAAUGAACCAUUUGGGAAUGAACCAAUCACAUUCAAUCUUAUGUUCAAGAGUAAUCAUCAUACAGCUGACAUCAAUUCAAUUGUUCUGAUCAACCCCGAAUAAAGACCAGCUGUUUCUGUAGGAUUUUCUUGACAUCAUCUUGGUUUCAUCUGACUGCUGAAGCCACGGUCUGCAAAGAGCUGACAAAGCCUGUACAGGAUCUCACUGUCGAAAGGAAUCGAUUAGGAGAGGGGUACACACACAUUUUCAAAAUGUUAUAUGUAGAGUAAAGACAAUGGAGCACCACAGUGACAUGACCAAGAAAAGGACAUCCCUCCAAAAUUUACAAGACAAAAACGUACCAGGGAGACCAACAGACCAGCAACAACAUUAAAGGAGCUGGAGGAAUGUCUGACAAGUACUGAUUACUCUCUGAAUUUCAAUUUGGGAAAAUAUCACCAAGUUAGGAUAUGCCAUGCAGAUAGACUCUUACUCAAAAUGACUGAGCAGUGUAAUGAAAUAAAAAGGUGCUUCGACAAAGUAUUAGUUUAGGGGUGUGCACACUUUUGCAACUAGGUUAUUGUUGGUGGUUUAACCCCCCACCCCCCUAAAAACUCAGAUUUUCAUUUUAUUUGUAUAUUGCUUUUGUUCAUUAAAGAUGAGAAAAGAUCUGACAUGAUUUAUCUUUGCGUCAUUCUAUUGCUUCACAAAAACCUUCUAUUUUAACAGGGGUGUGUAUACUUUCAUGUUCAUUGUAUGCAAUGGCAAGCAAAAUGAAUUUAGCACUGGAGUGUUUCAGUUAGUGAGACAGCCAGUGGAUAUUGGACUUGACAUAAUAUUAGUUGUAUAAAAGUGUCUGAAACCAGGAAUGCUGUCACCUUAGGUUAGUUUGGACAUCUCAUUUGGUCUCCAUAUGCACUUGAUAAUAAUCUAAUGCUGUGACAGAUAAAUAUCAGUCAUUUUGUAUGGCAGUUAAUGACUUAUUUAAUUAAGCCUUAAGCAUUCAGUAGUAGUGGUAGUUUAAAUAUUUUAAAUAAAAAAAAUACUUUAGCAUUUAAUUAGUAUUUUGAAAUGUAAUCCAAGGAAUUGAAUAGUCAGUAGAAAAAAAUCAGCAGUAAAUGAAUUGAUUAUCAAAAUAAUUGGUCAUCUUAUGUACUUGUUUUUUUCCCCACCCCUGUCAGGCAUCCUAUAAUAGAGCUCAUAAUGUGUUUGGGGUACAGCCCUGAGGGGAGCAUUAUAAAUGUUCCAGAACUCAGAAAGUUCUCCUUUAUUUAGUUACCUCAUGCUGGGGGAAAAAAAUGCAAUGAAUUAAAUAAAUGAAUAAAAAAAUAGCAAGGACGAUAAUAGAAAUGUUGGUAAUACAGUGGUUUACAGAUGUUGUAUGAAUAAGUAUGAUUUUGUAGUUUUAAGAUAUCUUCACCUGUUCUCAGAGCAAGGUGAGUAAUCAAGAACAUGAGGUGCUGUCAUUUUCACAGUGGGUAUUAUGGAUCCCAGCUGAAUGCACAGCUGGAGGGCUGGUUAUCUCAAGCACAAUCUACAUUAGGACCUGCUAGAGCCAUUAUAGCACCGCAUGCUGGUUAUACAUAUUGCGGCGCUUGUGCAGCACAUGCCUACAAGCAAGUGGACCCUUCUGUUACCCGGAGGGUAUUUAUUCUUGGACCUUCCCACCAUGUGCCCCUGUCUCGAUGUGCUCUCUCCCCUGCUGAGGUCUACAGAACGCCACUGUAUGACCUGAGGAUCGACCAGAAGGUGUAUGCUGAUCUCUGGAAAACAGGCAUGUUUGAGAGGAUGACUUUGCAAACAGAUGAGGAUGAGCACAGCAUUGAGAUGCACCUGCCUUACACUGCCAAAGCAAUGGAAAGCUGCAAAGAUGAGUUCAGCAUUGUUCCUGUGCUGGUGGGAGCUCUGAGUGAAUCUAAAGAGCAGGAAUAUGGCAAGCUGCUCAGCAAAUACCUUGCUGAUCCCUCCAACCUUUUUAUUAUUUCAUCAGAUUUUUGCCACUGGGGUCAGCGGUUCCGUUACACAUACUAUGAUGAAAAUCAGGGCGAAAUCUAUAGAUCCAUUGAGCAUCUGGACAAGAUGGGUAUGGGAAUUAUAGAACAGCUGGACCCGGUCUCCUUCAGUAACUACUUGAGAAAAUAUCACAAUACUAUUUGUGGUCGCCACCCCAUUGGAGUUCUACUAAAUGCUGUGGCAGAGCUGAAGAAGAAUGGUUUAGACAUGAACUUUUCUUUCCUCAAUUACGCUCAGUCCAGCCAGUGUAGAAACUGGUCAGACAGCUCAGUGAGUUAUGCUGCUGGAGCUCUUGUAGUUCAUUGAGGUGAAUUCACCCAGGAGCAACUUCCAUGGCUUUCGUUGAAGACCCCAGAAACUUCCCCAACUAUUUUAAACAGCCCAAGCACCCUCAACCUCUCCACCUUCUAACCCUGUUUCCUUAUUUUCUCCUUGAAUUUUCCAGUGGAAGGACCUUAGAUUUGCUGAGAUGAGCUAAAAGCAUUAAAUACUAAUUAAAUAUCCAACUCUUGCAUCCCCUCCAUUUUUUUUUAUUUCUGACUCAACUUGGUAAAUGUUCUAGUUUUAAGUACAAUUGCAGCCUGCGCUGCUGUGGAUGGUUUUCAGUUUCUUGCUAGCUUUCCAGCAGUGGAUUUUGUAGUGUGAUGGAAUCUGCAAGGACUUUACGUGUCAAGUUCUUAAAUAUCUGUUAGAACGUUUGAUUCCGUUAAAGUUGAAAUAAAGUAAACGAUAUAUCCAUCUUGACAUUGCCCUCUUUGCAGAUAUCUGUUAAUGUAACCUACCUAAUAAAUAAAGAUCUAUCAUUAUAAUGCUGCAGUUAUGAAAAGAAAGAAAAAGGAGGUGACUGACUACUCUGCUACAUUCUUGUAGAUGCUGAGAAUAGUAGUGAGUGAGUAAUACUGCCAUCAUUGUUCAAAUACCUGUUUCAGUUUUCAGUAAAGGGCUACACAAUACACAAAGUCCCCGAUUCCUCUGGAUUACAAUAUGUCAAAGUUGUUUUAUUUUUUACUUCAGUCAAUUAAAAUGUCUUUCUUCUUAUCCUUA